CAAUGUGGAGUUUUUUCUCCUCCCAGAUCUCCAUUUCUUCAAAACCCUAAUUCUACCAAAUUCAGUUUGAGCCUCGAAAAACCUAUCUCUCUCUUACCAUAUUCCCUUCCCUAGCUUCUAAACGAUUUUGUCAUUCAAUAACGAUCUCUGUAUCAAUCGUCAACGCUAUUUUCUCUCGGACUUAAGGGCAUUAUUUGCAUUUUGAGGACAUGUCUCCUGGAUCUCGAUCUAAGUCCAAAAAGGGGAGCAAGGAAGCUCAGAAGGCAUCUGCAAAGUCUCCAGGGUCUAAUAAUGCAGGUGCUGGUUUACCUGCUAGUGCAUACAACCCGUUAUCAGGAACAUUCCAUACUCUUGAAAUGUCACCGGCAUCUUCUACCUCUCCCAUUCAUUCUAAUGGUCGGUUUCGGAACAUAGAUGAGACAGAUGAUCAUCCUGCAGGCUCAUUGUUAGCUGGUGUUGAGUAUGACUCUGUUUCUAAUAAUGGUAGUUGGUCUGGUGAGUCAGAGGACCAUAAAGAGAAAGCCUCUAAUCUGCCUGUUAGAUUAGAAACAGUGCCAGGAGCUGACAAUGACAAGCGAGAGAAAAUCCGCCAGAAAAAUGAGAGAAAACAUCAACGACAGAAGGAAAGGCGAGCUCAAGAAUUGCAUGAGCGUUGCAGUGGCUAUCUUAUGUCAAGAAAACUUGAAGCCCUUGCUCAACAGCUUGUGGCAAUGGGAUUUUCUCAUGAACGGGCAACAAUGGCACUGAUAUUGAAUGAAGGAAGGGUUGAGGAAUCAGUUGCAUGGCUGUUUGAGGGUGGUGAAGAAACAGAUAAGCAAAAGGAUAAACAACUAGGUGGGAGCACUUUGAAAAUCGACAUAUCCGAAGAGCUUGCUCGGAUUGCAGACAUGGAAACAAGGCAUUGUUGCUCAAAGCAAGAGGUUGAGAGAGCAGUCGUUGCAUGUGAAGGUGAUCUAGAUAAAGCUGCAGAGUCCUUGAAAGAAUUGAAGCAGGAUCCACCUUCUGCUCCCCUAAAGCCUGAGGAAACUGGGUAUCCACCUACUCUUACUAAUGGUAAGCAGUCAGGAGUUGCUAGUCAGAGUGCUAGGCCCCAGACGAAGCCCGGUCUCAGCCUCAAUCAACUAAAGAAAGAUGAAAAGGAUUUUAACUACACAAAAUCGGCAGUUAUGGUUGGAGGAUCUUUGGAAUCCAGUAGUAAAAAUAUUCAGCCUCUAAAGAGAAUUCAAUCAAAGACAGAGUGGGCAAAACCCCAGCAAGCUACUAUUCCAGCUGAUAAGAGGUGGCCAAGUGCCGGGUCUAAUCUUUCUGUGUCAUGUUCUUCAGCAUCACCUUUGCAGGUGUCACCGGUACCUGCCAAGGCUGAAGCUCGUUAUAUUGCUGUUGGAGGUGAUUUGAAAAAUCUUCAACCCGGAGCAGCUAGGGAACCGGUAGUUGUCAUGCAGCGGCCUCAAUCUGCAAAUGCUAAGCAUGUUCCAGCCACAAGCAUGAGCACAUCUCCUCCUGGACUGGCUGCCAAUUGGUAUCCGACUAACAGUUCAGAAGUAAUGAGGUCAAACGGCUUUUUAUCCCGCCCUCCUAGCACUAGAAGUCUCAGUCCAAACUAUCUCAGCUCGAAUCAGAUGUACCACCAACUCCAGUAUCAACAUCAGCAUCAAUUUGUCACUGCAAGCAGCCAUUCAGUAGAUCCCCAAGUAACCAGCCGAGGGAACAACUUAUGGAAUAGAACAAGUCCAUCUCCAACGUUAGCUGCAGCUUCUUCUCUAGGUCUCUUUUCUGGAUCUGGGUCGGCCGCUACAUCAGGGGCAUCAUCUCCAGUGGACUGGAGCACUGGUGGAUCAAUGCAAUUUGAUUACACCAGCAUAGACUGGUCCUUGGAUAGAAGUGUAUCAUCACCGAGGUCAAAUGCAUUAUGGCUUGGUCUUUCACCUUUUACGAAGACUAGUCAUAUAUACGAUUCAAAUGCCUCGGGGGUGGUCACUCAACCAUCAAUGAGAUCAGUAGCCUCAAAUGGUAGCUUAGUUCCCAUGCCUGGAUUGCAAGAUGGUGGAGUAGCUUCUGCAGAAACCUCGAAUGGGGGGUCUCGGGAGUGGAGUUCGCCAUUUGAAGGGAAAGAUCUGUUUAGUUUACCGAGACAGUUUGUUUCUUCUCCUUCUCUGUAGAAUGAGUGGCGAGAAGUUGAAUGAAUAAAAUGAAAGAAAGACAUUUGAUGUGUG